AUGGCGAAGAUCCUUCAGAAAAGGAAGGUCAAUAUAGCGUGUGUCCAGGAGACUCGGUGGAUAGGAUCGAGGGCGAGGAAUGCAGACGAGUAUAAGCUGUGGUACUCUGGAGUCCUGAAGGGUAAGAAUGGUGUAGGCAUUCUAGUGGAUAGGGAACUUAGAGAGUCUGUGGUAGAGGUUAGGCGGGUGAAUGAUUGGUUAAUUUCUAUUAAGUUGGUGGUUGGAGAGUGCACCAUAAAUGUCGUUAGUGCGUAUGUGCCGCAAGCGGGCUUGGAUGAGGAGAUCAAGAGGCGCUUCUGGGAGGGGUUAGAUGACAUUGCGUGUAGUAUUCCACCUGCUGAGAAGUUAUUUAUAGGAGGGGAUUUUAAUGGUCAUAUUGGGUCGACUGCAGGCGGUUAUGGCGAGGUGCAUGGUGGCUUCGAUUUUGGGGAUAGGAACUCAGGAGGAACUUCGCUGUUGGAUUUCACAAGGGCGUUUGAGCUGGUGAUUGCUAACUCUAGUUUCCCAAAGAGUGAGGAGCAUUUGGUUACUUUUCAGAGCAUGGUGGCGAAGACUCAGAUUGAGUAUCUGCUCCUUAGGAGGCGCGACAGAGGGCUGUGUAAGGAUUGCAAGGUUAUCUCGGGUGAGACCCUCGCGACGCAGCAUAGGCUCUUGGUAAUGGACGUCGGUAUUUUGAUGAAGAGGAAGAAGAGGACUGCACGAGGUCAACUGAGGAUCAGGUGGGGAGCCUUGACUAAGGAUAAAGCUCAGGAGUUGGAAAGGAGGUUAUCGGUUGUAGGAGCCUGGAGGAGUAGUGGGGACGCGAGCGUUAUGUGGUCGACAAUGGCAGAUUAUAUACGAGAGGCAGCGAGAGAGGUGUUGGAAGUCUUGAAGGGUUUCGUUGGCGGGCACAAAGGCGACUGGUGGUGGAAUGAAGUGGUCCAAUGUAAAGUGGAAGCGAAGAAGGCGACGUACCUGAAGCUAGUAGGGAGCACAUGCGAGGUUGAGAAGAGUGCGAAUAGGGAGAGUCGUCUAUACGAGGAUCUUGGGGCUAAAGGUAGGGAGAAGAAGUUAUUCUGGCUGGCUAAGGCGAGGGAGAGGAAGGCUCGGGAUCUGGAUCAAGUGAGGUGCAUUAGAGACGAGGACGGAGAUCAGGAUAUUGUGCUAGGAGAGUUGGGUCAUCCGGAGAGCCACCGCGAUUUUGGGUACUGUAGGCGCAUCAAGGUUGGGGAGGUGAUGGGAGCUAUGCGUAAGAUGAGCAGGGGAAGAGCUACCGGGCCCGACGAGAUCCCGGUUCCUAGAGAGGUUCUUUGGAGAUGUCUAGAGGCUAAAGGUGUGCCGGUUGCAUACAUUAGGGCGAUUACGAACAUGUAUGAUGGAGCUAAGGCUCGGGUUAGGACAGUGGGAGGCGACUCCGAGCAUUUCCCAGUUAUUAUGGGGUUACACCAAGGAUCUGCGCUUAGCCAAUUCUUGUUUGCUCUGGUGAUGGAUGCACUGACACACCAUGUUCAAGGAGAGGUGCCAUGGUGCAUGUUAUUCGCUGAUGACAUUGUUCUGAUUGAAGAGACGCGAAGUGGCGUUAACGAGAGACUGGAGGUUUGGAUGUAG